CCCGAGGGCGAAAAGGGACACGAAGAAAGAAAGAAGCGUCACAAGCGAAAAAUCGUUAAAACACGCGUUCUCGAGGUCCAAACAACUAGCAAAAAUUCGGCUCGCGUUGAAUCGGCUCCCAAAAGGUCCAAAAAACCGUGAAAAAAAAUUAUUUUCGUGAAACAGUGACACCUUGUGGCCCCACGUGGGUGUGUGAAUCCGCCGAUCCGGUGAAAUAAGUGAUGUACACGAGUGAAAGUGGAAAAAUGCUCAAGUCCGAGUCGCUGAGGGAGAUGGAGUGGACGAGGGACAAGACGCUGGAGCUGUUGCGUGAGUACCAGGCGAGGACAGUCCUCUGGGACUGGAAUGCACGUGGCUACAGGGACAGGACCAAGAGAAAAUGCGCCAUUCAGGAGUUGGCGGAUCUCCUGGGGUGCAACACCCUGGAGGUCGAGAAGAAGGUGACGAACCUCAAGUGCCAGUACUCGAGGGAGGUCCACAAGAUCCAGACGAGCAAGAAGAAUGCCAGGGGACCCGAGGAUGUUUACGUGUCCAAGUGGUUUGCCUUCAAGGCCAUGCAGUUUCUGCAGUUCGGGAGCAGGCGGUACAGCUCCAAAAAGGAGAAAGUCGACGACACGAUGGGUCUGCCUCGGCCGGAGGACCCGCCCCACAUAAAAACCGAGGAGGAGUACAUAGUCUCGGACAUAGAUCCCGAGAGCAUAAGACCGUACUACGACUGUCCGGACGACACAAACGUCUCAGCCACUGGCUCGUAUAACGCCUCCCUCCUAGAAGACGAGGAGGAGUCCUCAUCCUCCAGCCUAAAGCACCCCCUCGAGCCCUGGCACAACAGUUAUCAGGACGAAAACCUACCCAACGACUCCCAGAAAGAGCCCAAAUCCAGGGAGACACCAUCCCACGAUCGAAAAAGACUCAGAGAGGAAUUCUCGAAAUUUGGUGAGAGCAUUGCAGCUCAACUCGCUGAAAUCCCCGACUCCUACUCGAGAUCAGUCGCCAAAUUACGGAUCAAUCAGAUCCUCUUCGAGGCUGAGAUUGGCGCUUAUGCCCAGGGCCAUCGCUAAUCACUCCACUAUUAAUUAUUCAUUUUUAAUCACUUGUGAAUUUCCUUUUUUUUUACUUUUUUACGAUUUUUUCAAGUUCAUUUCUCCAUUUCUUGUGAUUAUUACUAUUAAUUAAUGGGGUCAUCAGUGGGUAAUUGUUUGUCCUGUUAUUAUUAUCAUUAUUUUAGGAUAUAUGAGUUGAUGGAGUUGUCAGGGGUUUCAGUGCAGAAAUAAUCUUCUUCCAGAAGAAAUGGGAAUUUAAUUGAUUUGGAAAGGAAGAUAAAAGGGGAGUUGUUUAAUCCUCGAUAUCUCCUGACCUCACGAUGCGAUUUGGACGAGUCGGAAGUCAUUUUGAAGGGUGAAAAGAUAUCUUUAAGGUGAAAAAAAAAUUGGCGAUUUUCACUCUGCCGUUUUUGAGAUGUGGAAGGUUGAAGACUGGAGGUUUUAGAUUUUUGUUGAGUGGCUGGAGGGAGAUUGUUUAUGGGAUUUUUUGGAUUUUGUUGAUUGGGUAAUUGUGGUUGUUGUGGUUUGUUGAGUUGGAAAUAUGUUCUCGGAGACUUAGUUAUGUGUUAUGGACCCUGUGGGAUUGUAGAUAAUGGUGUAUUGGUGAUGGAAGAAAUUAUUUAUGUACGAGGAGCCUCAGCACACGAUUGUACCUCUAUGUAAUCGUUUUAUAUUAAGUUCAAUAAACAUUCGACUUAAUUAAA